AUGCGUCCCUCCACGCCUCGAUUAUCGAGUCCGUUCCUGCUCCUCCUGACCCUCGUCGCCCAGCUCGUCCACGCCAUUGACAUCAGUAUCGAUGAUGAAGGCACGUCUCUCUCCCCCGCAGAAUCGGUCAAGAGUGCCGCCAGCGAAGCUGUCUAUGGCGCGAUGAAAUGGUAUUCCGGGAAUGACACCGGCGGUAUUCCCGGUGCGUUCCCCGACAAGUGGUGGGAGGGAAGUGCUCUGUUCCUUAGCACCCUGCUCUACUGGCAUUAUACCGGUGACGACACCUACAACAGCGUCACCAGCCAGGGAAUGGAGUGGCAGGCUGGCAAUGGGGACUACAUGCCCGCCAACUACAGCAGCUACCUGGGUAACGACGACCAAGUAUUCUGGGGGAUUGCCGCCAUGACGGCCGCCGAAAUCAAUUUCCCUGAUGUGCCUGAUAAGUAUUCCUGGCUCUCGCUCGCCCAGGGCGUCUACAACACCCAGGUGGCGCGGUGGGAUACGAGUAAUUGUGGUGGAGGACUCCGCUGGCAGAUUUUCCCCUACCAGGCUGGUUACAACAUGAAAAACUCCAUCUCCAACGGGGGCCUGUUCCAGUUGGCCGCCCGCCUCGCCCGAUAUACCAACAACCAGACCUACGCGGACUGGGCGGACAAAAUCUGGGACUGGAGCGCUUCUACCCCGCUGCUGAACAACCAGACCUGGAAUGUGGCUGACUCCACCGAUAUUGAGACUGGGUGCAAGACCCAGGGGAAUAACCAGUGGUCUUACAACUACGGCACAUAUCUGACCGGCGCCGCCUACAUGUACAACCUAACCGAAAAGUCUUACUGGAAGGACCGGCUUGACGGCCUGCUGGGGGUCACCCUCGACAAGUUCUUCCCUCAGAAGUAUGGCGGCAAUGUGAUGUCCGAGAUCCUCUGCGAACCCCAGGAAUUGUGCAACAACAACGAAAUCUUGUUCAAAGGGUUGGUCACUUCGUGGCUGGGAUUCGUCGCCAUGAUCGUCCCCUCGACGUACGACCAGAUCCUGCCCAAGCUGCAAGGGUCGGCCCAAUCGGCCGCCCAGACCUGCACAGGGAUGGGAAACAACAGCUGCGGAGUGCGGUGGUACGGGAAUAAAUGGGAUGGCUGGCAUGGGAUGGAGGAACAAAUCAGCGUGGCCGAUGUUAUAUCCUCGGCUAUGCUGAAGUUUCAAGCCAAGGCGCCGCUCACCUCCUCCACUGGAGGCACCAGCUCAAGCGAUCCCAACGCCGGGGGGACGGAUUCCAACUCGAACAGCGGCAAUUUGAAGCCCAUCACCACUGGAGACAAGGCAGGCGCGGGCAUUUUGACCGUGGUCUUCGUCGGACUAUGGGGUGGAAUGGUUGCCUGGUUGUUUAUCGGCGGUUGA